CGGUGAAAAGGUGGAACGCUCAACUGGCGCCGAUCGCGAGGAGCUGACCGUCGUAGGCACGUUUUGGUAUGGAGGUAGGAAAUCGCCAUAGCCAGCUGUGGCAGUAUUUUCAAAGAGAAAAGGAUCUGGACUGCCGCGCCCUAGACUAGAAGGAGCGCCGAAAUAUGCAGAAAGAAGGGGCAAAUCAGCCUCAAAUGGGAGAUUGACGGGGACAGCAGCAUUUAGCGGGCUACCGCUUGCGGAAUUCUUUCAGCGAGUGGCUGGUUUCUGCUCUGAGUGAGCUGUGUAUUGGAGUAGCAGGGGCGGGUCAACCGAGGGGGAGGAAGCAGGGGGGCUUUUAGGGUUUUGCAGGUCGUCAUACUCCCGGCCGUGGAGCGAUGGACCGGGUGUCGUUUGUGGUGAGGCGGGUGUAUAAUAACCGCCGGGCAUGGGAUUCAGUUGCUCCUGUUUGCCGCCGUUACCGUGGGGAUUGGCGCGCCGGAUUUGCUUGCGAUUCUCAUCCCCGUUCGGAGGAAGCAUGCUCCUCGCUUGGCACGCAGUCGCGUUUGCCUUCAUGUUCGUCGCUAGUCUCUGAGCUGCUGACGCGUGUAGCCUCUCGGAUCGAGCCGCCAGCUGUCCCAAGUCGCCAGUCGACGGUGUACUAUGUACCCGGUUCCCAGUGCUGGUCCUCACGCUCUUUGUGUCUGUCCGCACCAUCUCUUGCAGCUUCUCCGGUCCUUAAAGGCGAUGGCGGUGGUCAUUCCCAGUUGCUGGGGAAAUGUCGCCUGGACUCGCAGUUACCGUCGAUGCUUGGCCAGCACCAGCGGGAGGCGAACCUUCAGAGCGCGCCGGGGAUUGUGCCGGCUUCUCGAGAUGGGUUGAAAAUCGGUCGUCUGUCGGGACGGGAUGCCUGUCUGAGUUGGCGACUGCGCACUCCUCCAAGCCAACGAUGGUAUUCCUCAUCAGCAGAGGGACAAGUGGACAUCGAGGUGCCAUUCAUGGGCGACUCUGUUCCAGACGGAGUCAUAGCAACCAUGUUGAAGAAGCCGGGCGACUAUGUGGACGUGGACGAGGCCAUCGCCCAGAUUGAGACGGACAAGGUCACAAUCGAUAUCCGAUCACCGGAAGCAGGGGUAAUCGAGCAGAUCGUCGUAAAAGAGGGGGACACAGUCACGCCCAAGACUAAGGUGGCCGUCCUAAGAAAGGGAGGAGAGAGACCUGCUGAUGCGAAACAGGAGGCGGCACACGCAGGCACGCCACAAGCAAAAACAGAGAAGGCGGCAGGACCAACGCCGGCGGUGGCUGCUACUGCAUCAAAGGGUUCUACUGCUACCCCUCCAUCUCCUGCGAAGCCCAGUGCUACGGGCGGCUCUCCUGGACCGUCAGGGCCGCAGUUGGCCUCCGAACGCGGGGAACGGAGGGUCAAGAUGACUCGGCUGCGGCAACGUGUCGCAUCAAGGCUGAAGGACGCGCAGAACACCUUCGCGAUGCUGACCACCUUCAAUGAAAUUGAUAUGACGAACCUGAUUGAAUUGCGGAAUGCAUACAAGGAUGCAUUUCUAGAGCAGCAUGGGGUGAAACUAGGGUUCAUGUCCGCUUUUGUCAAGGCUGCGGCUGAUGCGCUGAUCCGGAUUCCGGCGGCGAAUGCUGUAAUUGAUGGAGACACUAUCGUUUAUCGGGAUUAUGUCGACAUCAGCAUUGCGGUUGCAACGCCCAAGGGACUUGUGGUUCCCGUUUUGAAGAAUGUAACGUCCAUGGGAUUUGCCGACGUGGAGAAGAAUAUUGUCAUGCUGGGGGAGAAGGCAAAAGACGGUAGCAUUUCAAUAGAUGACAUGGCAGGGGGCACUUUCACCAUUUCCAAUGGAGGAGUCUAUGGCAGCUUGCUUAGCACGCCCAUCAUCAACCCCCCGCAGUCGGCUAUUCUUGGCAUGCAUUCUAUUCAAAAGAGGCCUGUGGCGAUCAAGGAUGAAGUCGUGAUCCGGCCGAUGAUGUAUGUGGCUGUGACGUAUGAUCACCGCCUUAUCGACGGAAGAGAGGCUGUGCUGUUUCUCCGGCGCAUCAAGGAUGUUAUUGAAGACCCCCGGCGGCUUCUGCUGGAUUGCUAGGUCCUACUCGCUGUGCAGCAGCAACGACGUUCUUUGUUGAUUGAUUUCUUCGGCUAUAGCCUACAACCCACCUUCUGUAUCCAUUUGCCAGCAGCAGCUUAAUGGACGAGGCGCGAGUGCCCUACCUUUUGCCAGUACCAGAUCAACAGGCUUUGCCAGCACCUGAUCAACAAAGACAAGCAAGUAUAGCUCACUCAACCGAUGACAAUCAAGCAGAGCAACUAGGACCUAGCAAUCCAGCAGGGGACCUGAAUGAUAGUCUUAUGCUUCGGAAAUGGAGAAGUGUCGAAAGGGCCGUCUUGCUGGGUGCCAUGUGCGUUCAUCAUCUGCUGAUUGUGCAUCUUGGAACGUCCCGCGUUUGUCUGGCUACGCGCUGCGUUCUCUCUCUCUCUCUCUCUCUCCGUCACGAUGUCGCUCUGUGUCUCUUUUUGAGCGUGUUGCUCAGAGCUUUGCUUUCCAAUAACUGUGUGGACUGGAGCUGCCCUCUUCUUCUUCUUUCUUUGUUCUCCUUUUUCUUCUUUCUUCUUUCUGUUUCUUCUUUCUACUGCUUCUGCUCCGUAGAGGAAAGGUUUGGUGGGCUCGUUUGGUCUAUCAUAGAUCAGAAUCUCGGCGAUAGUAUUGUCUGCUACUUGGCGAUUGAGAAAGGUGUCUGCUACUUUGCUAUGUAUAAUGCUGUCUGCUACUUUGCGAUGUAUGAAGCAACUUUGUCUAAAUCGCGGUCCUCAAACUGUGAAUUAAGGUUUUAAACAGGUUGGUGGCAACACGGAUUAGACUUAUUACGUUAAGAAGAGUGGUCUCUCUCAUUUUCCACCAUGGACAUGCAUUGGGAGACGAGGGACAGCUAACCGAGAUUUCCAAACAGACAGACAUGGCGAAGUGGAGGAUGUGAUGUGUCCCUCCGCCAGAUGAAAGCCUGGAGUGGUGGUAGUUGCCCACGGCAUUUAUCAAAGUCUACUUCUUUGAUGUAGCAGCUAGGAGAUUUCUAUCAUUCGCAUCCCAACAUCUUGAUGGGGCAUGAGGCAGAUAUAUAGCGGAUUGAUAAAAGAUUAAUGGGCAAUGAUGAGCAUGUGCGGGGCAGGCAAGUUUCAAUAUGAAGGAAAAAUGUUCUGUAGUCUGCUGCAUAGGAUGAUCAUGACUACAGUAGAUUGGGUCAUAACUCGUCUGUCAAAUGAGCCGUCUCUCAUCUGCAUCUCUCGUCUGUCAAAUGGGCAUUUUAAUUCUGUUAAAUGGGUCAUCGCAUCUGUGAAGUGGGCUGACAACUACAUUGUGAAGAAGGGUUUUUAAGAGGAGAUCGAUACUUAGGAGGGGGGCUGUUUUCUAGAGAGAGAGUAUUUAGGAUCCAUUUCUCGUAUUCAUGGUCGUGAAAUCUCGCCUUUUUUCACGAGGCAAGGGCUAUGAAUACCUUCCUGGCAGCAGAAUGUCCAUUGCUGCUGCAAGGAGAUUGGCGGUAAAGCGUGCUUUGAACCCGCAAUUUCUGGCGUGAGAAAGUUCCAUGCUCCAAGCUUUAGGACAGAUUAAGGAGAUUGUCUUGCAAAGUGGGCGGGAUUUGGCGGGACUGGAUAGAAUUUGUCUUGCAAGGAGAAUAAUAGGGGCAUACUCACACGAAGACUGUGGGAAUGUAACUGGCUCGUAAUGCAGGUCAGGUUCGGUCAGAAAAGCCCUAGUCUCAGCAUGCGGGCGUGCUGCUUAAUGCAGUCUCAAAAGCGUUGAGACAGGGGCCACAUAAAUUUGAUUCUUUUCUCAGAUGCGAUGUCCGACCGGCGGAGCCCUUUUUGCUGUCCUUUGUCGAACUAAGUGGAGAGAGUUCAGAUGUUCAGCAGUUUGCCUCUCUCUCCCUCUCCCUCCUCUCUCUCCCUCCCUCUUCUCUCUCUCUCGUAAUCUUCGUUCCGGUGCUGCUAUCAAGGGUUCUCUAGGCCUGGUAUAUGGGUAGUUCUUUCUUGUGCGAUACCGUCUUUCUGUGGCACCUUAUCGUUGAUGAGGCCGGUUUUGGCGAGA